AUGUCAUAUCCACAAUUUGGAUAUCCCUACUCGUCUGCACCACAAUUCCUCAUGACAACCAACUCCUUGACAACUUGCUGCGAAUCAACCGGCAGAUCCAUCUCGGAUUCCGGAGUUGCAGCCACUGCCCAGACGCCGGUUUACUGCCCCGUUUACGAGAGCAGACUGCUGGCCACUGCCAGGCACGAGCUUAGUUCCGCCGCGGCUCUGGGUGUGUACGGGAACCCCUACACGAGCGGUCAAGGCUAUGGAAAUUACGUUACAUAUGGAACCGAUGCCUCCGCUUUCUACUCACUGGGUACAUUCGAUUCGAAAGAUGCCACUGCAUCUGCGCAUGCGGGGAUAACACAAGCAGCUGCUUACUACCCAUAUGACCCUACCCUGGGCCAGUAUCAAUACGACAGGUAUGGAUACGGAUCCAUAGACGGAGGAACCAGGAGAAAGAAUGCGACCAGGGAGACGACCAGCACCCUGAAAGCCUGGCUCCAGGAGCACAGGAAGAACCCCUAUCCCACCAAAGGAGAGAAGAUCAUGCUGGCCAUUAUCACCAAGAUGACCCUGACGCAGGUCUCUACCUGGUUCGCCAACGCCAGGAGGAGACUGAAGAAGGAGAACAAGAUGACCUGGCCCCCCAGGAACAAAUGUUCAGACGAGAAGAGGUAUGAUGAAGAUGACGAUGGGUCGCAGGAGGAGCAGAUCAAAAGUGAAACCAACGAUGAUGAGAACACGAGUCGAGAGGACAAGGAUCUACAACUCAGCGAUCUUGAAGAUUUCGACACAAUUGAGUCUGAAAACUCCGAAUGCGAGCUCAAGCAUCAGUAUCACUUAAAUACUCACAUGACGACGACUGACUGCCCUAACGGUCACAUAAAAGACACUUCAUUAAAGAUAAGUAUUCCAGUGUCUCUGGGCGGAGAGCAGGACUCGAGAAAAACCUGCCUGAAAACCAGUUCGGAGGAUUGUGAGCACGAUGUCAGCAACGGAAGACAAGUUAAAACGUGUUACGAGCAAGGCCACCAAAUACUUGACGGGAAACCAAGAAUCUGGUCAUUGGCCCAAACUGCAACUUCUUUGAACCAGACUGAGUAUCCGUCGUGUAUGCUGAGAUGUCAGCCAACCAUGUCCCCGUCUCCCGUGGCCGACUCUCCAGUGCACGUCAAUGACAGGCAGGAUUCGCCUGUCACAACUCUCAGAAACUGGGUAGAUGGGGUUUUCCACGACCCUCUGUUCAGGCACAGCACUUUGAAUCAGGCUUUGACCAACACUUCCGUUUCUUGGACCACGACCACCAAAGGCUCAAUACUGGAGACAGGUGCGCUUGACCGCUCUCUUGGAAACAACGUUGUCAAAGGACACGCUCCCAUGCAGCACCAGGAUUCCACCAAGGACACUAUGAAUUUCCCCAAAAAUGUGAACAAACUUUUCUGUUCGUAACACGCCAAAUUAGAUUUGUAUUUACAAGAGACUUGCAGGAUAGGCCUGUGUUUAUGGGCGUUUAACAUGAGCAAUUGAACUGAGAAAAAGCUGUUGAAGUUGAAGCUAUUUCAUGAUUCUUUUUUAAGCAAGGAUAUAUUUGUGUACUGUUACAAUGGCA